AGCGAUGCAUGGCCUCAACUUUACCUUCUCUGCAACAGCGAACCCUCCUUCUUCAUCCUCGCCUGUGUCAUCUUCUUCUCCCUCACUCCUCCAGGUUUCUUCAUCUGGGCACAUUUAUUUUUCUCUAGUAGGUUCUCUUACCAAAUAAAACCAGUUACACUCAGAUAAAUUCUUCAUUCAUCCCAAUCAAAUACAUCCAGGAUCUCGCUUAUUGCUGUGUUUGAUUUGGAGUUGAAAUUUGAAAGAUUUUAGAAACGUUUCUUCUUCUGGGUGAAAAUGAAGGUGGCCCAGAAAGAAUCGGUGGUUUGGGAUCAGAUUCAGAUGAGGAGUCCUUCCACGAACGCCCUGGUAUCCGGAUCCCCGACCCGACCCGUCCCCAAACUCAUGGUCUGGUUAAUCCUCUUCGCCUCCCUCACCUACGUCGUCUACACCCUCAAGCUCCUCACUGCCCCCUCCCACGCCGCCUGUGACGAUCAUCUAUUCUCCUCCUCCGCCGUUAGUAAUCAGCAACACAUUUCGCUCCCUUCAAUCUCCAACACGACCUUGCCCACGCCGUCGAUUCAAAAUCAGACGGUUGGUGUUUCUCAUCGAGAUAUCCUGGAAGAGACCAGGAAGGACCCGACAGAAAUCCACCACAUCGUUUUUGGUAUUGCGGCUUCCUCGAGGCUCUGGCAGAAGAGGAAAGAGUACAUCAAGAUUUGGUACCAGCCGAACCAAAUGCGGGGGGUGGUGUGGCUGGACAAUCGAGUGAAAUACACCGCCGAGGACCGGGAAGCGUUGCCGCCUGUGAGAAUCUCGAGUGACACCUCGAACUUCCCGUACACGAACCGGAAGGGGCACCGGUCCGCCAUUCGGAUCUCGCGGAUCGUCUCGGAGACGCUGCAUUUGAAGCAGGACAACGUGAGGUGGUUCGUAAUGGGUGACGACGACACCGUUUUCAUCACGGAGAAUCUCGUGAGGAUCCUGAACAAGUACGAUCACAACCAAUUCUAUUACAUCGGGAGCCUGUCGGAGUCCCAUUUGCAGAACAUAUUUUUCUCCUACGGCAUGGCGUACGGCGGCGGCGGGUUCGCCAUCAGCUACCCGUUGGCCAAGGCGCUGUCCAGGAUGCAGGAUAGGUGUAUUCAGAGGUACCCUGGAUUGUACGGCUCCGACGACAGAAUGCAGGCUUGUAUGGCCGAACUCGGUGUCCCACUCACUAAGGAACUCGGUUUUCAUCAGUAUGAUGUUUAUGGGAAUUUGUUUGGACUUCUUGCCGCGCAUCCUGUGACGCCAUUAGUGUCGCUGCAUCACCUGGAUGUUGUCGAGCCCAUUUUCCCCAAUGUGACGAGGGUUGAAGCACUUCAGCGGCUAAUGUUGCCUGCGAAGUUGGAUUCAGCAGGGCUAAUGCAACAAUCCAUCUGCUAUGACGGUGCCAAGGGCUGGACCGUUUCGGUUUCUUGGGGUUUUGCUAUUCAGGUUUUCAGGGGCGUCUUUUCACCCCGUGAGAUGGAGAUGCCUUCAAGAACGUUCUUGAAUUGGUAUAGAAGAGCGGAUUACACUGCAUACGCAUUCAACACCCGCCCAGUUAGCCGAAACCCAUGUCAGAAACCUUUUGUGUUUUACAUAUCCAAUGUGAAAAUGGAUUCUGAAUUAAAUCAAACAGUCAGUGAAUAUGUGCGCCACCGAGUUCCUCACCCUCCCUGCAAGUGGAAGAUGGCUGAUCCUGCUGAGCUUGACAAGGUGGUGGUCUUCAAGAAACCCGACCCCUAUCUAUGGGACAGAUCUCCGAGAAGGAAUUGUUGCAGGGUGAUGGAGUCGAAUAAGAAAGGAACAAUGAUGGUGGAUGUGGGUAUAUGUAGGCAAAACGAGUUAAGUGAAGUAUAGGGAUAAAACCAGAAAAAAACGUUUGGAUAGUAGCCGUCCCCUUCAUCCCUCCAUUUCCAAUUCUUAAUUUAUUCGUCAAAAUGUUUCCAAUUUUGUAAGCGGACGUCCUCUCAUCAAGGGUAAUGCAAGCAGGACGAAUCAUUAUUAGUUGAAAAAAAAAAAAACCAGAAAUGUGUUUCUUGUAUAAAAUCUGGUAGUUUGACACACAUUUUAGUGCACAGCAACUUAGUUUUACUUCCUUAUGUCAUUUAUGAGUUCAUUUUUUUCACUAUUCGUAUUGUACUGCAAUAUAAAAAAAAUAUUCUU